AUGACCCCCAAAGCAGGUAUCACGGACUCAAAUAUCCAACUCGAAAUCAAUAUCAUCGUGACAUCUUGGAGUCUGAGAAUCUCCGUUGCGGCUUCAUGGGACACCGACCGACUUCCGAGAAACGGUUUCGCUUGUACCAGUCCGGGUCUACUUUCGCUCCUCCUGUUCGGUAUGACGGCGAAGUGUUGA